CCUCGCGGUGCACGCGGGUGAUGACUCUUUCCUGAAGUGGACCACCCCCGAGCCGCAGCAGUUCGUGCACGCGGGGAUCCUCGCGGCACCGGAGACCAAGGUCACCACCCUGCCGAACGGCAUGCGCGUCGCCACCGAAACGAGCCCCCACGCGCAGACCGCCACCAUCGGCGUGUGGAUCGACGCCGGCAGCAGGUACGAGACCGCCGCCAACAACGGCACCGCGCACUUCCUCGAGCACAUGGCUUUCAAGGGGACCAAGACGCGCACGACCGCGGGCUUGGAGGAGGAGAUUGAGAACAUGGGCGCGCACCUCAACGCGUACACGUCGCGGGAGCAGACCACCUACUACGCCAAGGUGUUCAAGAAGGACGUGGCCAAGGCUGUGGACGUGCUGUCCGACAUCCUCCAGAACUCCUCGCUCGAGCCCGCGCACGUGGAGCGCGAGCGCGGCGUCAUCCUGCGCGAGAUGGAGGAAGUUGAGAAGGAGGUUGAGGAGGUGCUGUUUGAUCACCUCCACGCCACCGCGUUCCAGCAGACCGGCCUCGGGCGGACCAUCUUGGGUUCCGCCGAGAACGUUCGGACCAUCACCAGGGAGAACCUCGCCGAGUACAUCAAGACCCACUACACCGCGCCGCGCAUGGUGCUCGUGGGCGCUGGCGCGGUGGACCACGACGAGCUGGUGAAGCUGGCGCAGGGCGCAUUCGCGGGUCUCUCCACGUCGGGCGAUGCCGUGGACAACCUCAUCGGACAAGACCCCGCGCACUUCACGGGAUCCGACGUGAGGAUCCGCGACGACGACAUGCCCACCGCGAGCUUCUGCGUCGCGUUCAAGGGUGCGUCCUGGAAGUCCCCGGACGCGGUGCCCCUCAUGGUGAUGCAGGCGAUGCUCGGGUCGUGGGAUAAAUCUGCCCCCGGCGCGGCGCACGCGGCUUCGCCCCUGGCGCAGUCCGUGCACGCCAACGAGCUCGCCAACAGCUUCAUGGCCUUCAACACCAACUACGCGGACACCGGUCUCUUCGGCGUCCACGUCAGCAGCGACGCGACGGACCGACUCGACGACGCCGCCUUUGCCGUCAUGCAGGCACUCCGCGACCUCAUCUACGAUCCCAAAAUCGAGGACGUGACCCGCGCCAAGCAGGCGCUCAAGUCCUCCCUGCUGCUCCACAGCGAGUCGUCCACGUCAGCCACCGCGGAGGAGAUCGGCAGGCAGCUCAUCACCUACGGCAGGCGCAUCCCGCGCGCCGAGCUCUUCGCCCGCAUCGACGCGGUCACCCCCGAGACGGUGAAGGAUGUGGCGUGGCGGUACAUCCGCGACGAGGACCCAGCCGUCGCCGCGAUCGGUCCCACGCAGUUCCUGCCGGACUACAACUGGUUCCGCCAGUCCACGUACAGCCAGUUCUACUAAACAGUUAGUCGCGCGUAGUGGUGACGGAUAUUUGUAAUCGUAUUGUUUCAAGUCUCAUGAC